AAAUGUCUUCCUUUUGCUGUCAAAUCGUAUUAUUGUCAAGUUUGGUGUCUUUUCAGAACAUCAAAAUAUAAGACAAAAAUUGUGAUUGUUCGCACAUUGUUAUGGCACUAGUGCUCCGUAAAUCAUUGACAUCACUGAAUCCAGUAAAAUUCAAUCGAUUUAUCACAAUGUCAGCUCAGUUACGUGCCGAAAAGGCACUCGAAGAACUAAAGAAUAAAAAUCCGUACUACGAAAAGUAUGCCUCCAAGAUCUCAACGUUACAGCAAUCGGCACCCGAAGAGUUCCUCAGUCGAGUGGAUCAAAUUGAGAAGGCAGCAGCUAAGCCAAAACCGGAGUCGAAACCAAGAGAUUACUCUGAGCUUCUCAAUCCAAAACCAGCAACCGCAGCCCAAUCAUUGACCGGUGAGACCGAGAAGAAAUUGUCGGACAUCAUGAAAGUUGAGUUGCUCGAUGGUAAAAGCAUUGACGAAAUAAAACACAUUUGGUUGGAGUAUCACAAGCAGAAGGAAGUUCUCGUCGCUACCAUACCAACGAAUGUCUUUGAAACACAGAUGAAACGAGGUAGAAGUUAUCCCAUUUUCAUAUUUCCGUUGCCAAGGAGCGAAGGAUUCGAGUUCUUUCUGGCACAAUUCGCUCAAAAUACGGUACACUUCACGCCACUGCUUUGCUACCAGGUUCACAAAGAAAAUGCCCCAGAAUGCUUGAACAUGGUUCAUUACACCGAAUUCGCUGACCAGGGAAUCAUACUGAUGCGUGGCGAAUUCGACAAAAACGUUAUAAAUCCGCAGGAAGCACAAUGUCUUAUCAAUCAAUUGCAACUGUACUACUCGCAGGACAAUGCAUCGAAAUUACAGUUGCUGGAAAAGUUUACCAAAGAUCCGGCUAAUUUUAAACACAUGGACGUUAUCAAGGAGCUGGAAAAUAUUACGCUAUAGUGAGACAGAUCGUAGGUCGUCCGGUGGUGCAAUUAUUGUCAUAAUUUGAAAAUUGUCGAAACAAUACAUUGUUUGAGGUAGCUU